UGUGUGUGUGUGUGUGUGUGUUUUAAUUAUUAUUUCUAAAUAUAUUAUUUAGCUAAAGGCUGGGUGAGAGUGGUAAGUAUUGGUAGAAAGCCGUAUUCAGUUCUUAACAUGGGCCUACGAGCUGAUAAUUCCCUGGAGGAAGUCGCCACCUAACGGACAAAGUGGGUAUUCCGCCAAAAGGACUGAAAUGCAAUUUGUACUAUAUUCACUAGGCGUCAGUGUUAUAUCAGCGCCAACUGGGACUGUCUGACCGCAAUACUGGUUCCGAGUGUUCUAGCCUGUGCCAUUUUCCAAAGAAACCCGACACGCACGGUGCCACUGUAUGGUUUAGUUCACCAUUGUGCGAUUUAUUUAGUAUUUUAAAAUGUAUGUGAAGAGGAUUUGGCUGCUGUUUGCCGCGAAGGAACCAGGGGAAGGAGGAUAACAUCAAAAGCCGGCUGAGGGGCUUUUUUAAACAUAGGACCUAAUAGCGCAUUACAAUUAAUAGCGCUGCUAGCACCUUCAACCUUUAUUUCUUGCCUUUCUGUUUUGUUUGGCAUUAGCCAACAGAUUACCAACCAGACAUUCAGCAGCUUCCGCCUUCGCCUUAUCCUACCUGCAUGAUGUGAUCAAUCGCAAACGCUAUUUGCUUCCAUUUGCGCACUGCUUGGUUUCGCUUCCUAGUUGGUUGUUCAUGCGCUGAGCUGUAUGUCUGUUCGAACCGUGUUAACGUUACAACCAUGACCAACAGCAUUGGUGAUCAAACGCCACCGGAACGUAGAGAGGUCUUCGAUGAUUACUUAAAGUACUACGACCAGGUUUGGCAACAUGGUAACGUAAAAGUCUGUAAAGAACGGCAGGUUACCGAAAAGGCUAAGUACGUAUUACUGUCUGAGUCGAACCCAGAGGAGAGAUUUACAACCUUUGACUUCUAUCACACCGCUUUGGAGUGCGUCAGCCUCGGUGUGAGGGACUGUAGGGGUAUAUUUAAUGUGUUCAUAAAAGCCGCGGAAGUGCUGGAAACGCUCUGCGUCAACCUGUUCCUGUUUCCGUGGAAGAAGGAGAUAAAGACCAUCAAGACUUUCACAGGCCCUUUCGUCUACUGCGUUCAACCAGUGCUCCCCAACAAUGUUGUACGAGGUAUUCUCGAAAGUAUCGGAUACCACCCUGAGUCGGACACGGAGUACCGCCUCACCCAGGGCACUGACCAGGGCGCUGACCACGACCGGGCUAAGACCAUGGGCUUCGAGCUCUUCCUGGCCAGGAUGGAGUGUGAGUACCUGCUGGAGGUUAUGGGUCAGAGGGCCCAUGAGGAGUGCCUGGAGAUCCUCCAGAGGAGGGCUGCACCCCUGGGCCACAGCGACAGCCGUGCGACCGCGGAGGAGGAGCCGCCUAGGAGUGAGAGCUCAGGGGCAGGAAAGGACGAUGAUGGUGGCCUCAGGAGUGAGACCUCAGGGGCAGGAAAUGACGAUGAUGGCCUCAGGGUGGAUAGCGCGGGAGUGGACGCGGAGGACCAGCCUCUCCCUGAUGUCCUCCCCCUGGCUGACCCUGCAGUGGCACAGGCACAGGACCCGUCAGAGGGGUCAGUCGGGGCAGCAGGGGGGCAGGAGAGGCACCAGCCUCUUCAGCUGGAGGCAGAGGGGGUGUUGGGCAUCCCUGGGCCGUCGGGGAGACACAGCGCUGGCUCUGACAUGAGCGAAUACGGCUCCAUCCAGGAGAUGCGGAAGAACUACCCUGACCUGGCCAUCCGCCAGAAACCCAUAUUCCGCAACAACCGGGGCGGCUCGUACCCAAUGCCCGGCACCAAGGCCCGCGGCAGGCUUCGGGACGACGGCGACGCUUUGACCGCGAGGAGCUACGCGCACACCAGCGACCUGAGCGGCCCUCAGUCCUUCUCUGUCCACACAGAGAGUCUGGCGCCGGCCGCCACCGUCGCCCCGGGCAACCCCCUCCCCAAACCCAGCCUCCCCGACGACAUCCGGGAGCCCCAGCCGCUAGUAGCCAGCUCCAGCCCGGCGUCCAUGAUCCAGUACCGCGACACAGCCGUGCAGAGCGCAGUGCACAGGUCCGCCCAGGAGGGCGUGGUGAGCAGCCCUGACCAACUGCUGGAGUUAAGCAAGAGAAUCAGCCAACUGUGCGUGAGCGAGAUGAGCGUGGACGAGCCUCUGAAAUACCCCAUUGAGGAAACUGCGCAGGUGCAGCCUCCCUGCACGGGCUGCCACGAUUGCCACGAUUGCCACAGGCCCACCGCUGCUGCUGCUGCUGUUGUUGUUACAGCACCCCCUGCUGGAUCGCCCCGGGACAACAGCCACCAACCCAUCCUGUGCAGCCCGUCGCCGCUCCCCAUCUGCAGUAUCUCUGGCUGCAGCAGCUGUGCUGGCCCAGACGCGGCCCAAACGUGGCACGGAUGUGGCCCAGACGUGGUCCACCACGGGGGGCUCCACGCGGGCGAAGACACCAUCAAAGAGCCGCCCAGCUCUAUCUACAUGCCCCCGAGUCCCCUGGGGCUGUGCAGCCCACUUCUGGGGCCUCUGGCUGGGCAUCUGCCUGCUGCUGCUGCCCCCCCUCUUGGGCAACCAGGCGUGGAGGGAAGGGGAUCAGCCCAGCAGCCGGAGGACGAUCUCCUCCAGACAUACGUGUUGGUGGACGUGUUGGUGGAACAGGAGAAGAAGUGACGAACAUCAGACUGAUUGACAGGCUGCACAGCAAAUCAUUUUCUGUAGAUUGCAGGAAGUGGGUGAGAAAUGGACUCUCCCAUCACCCAUUGUCUGUACUUUCUGCCAUCAUAGCGAAGUGCAUUUGACAUGCACUCUGAUGGACCGACUCACCUGUGUAUUUACCAGUAAGUCACCCUGCCUGUCUGAAAAACAGCCCGUGAAAAAGGUGCCAAGCACUUGAAUCGGGCCAGUGUAUUUCUGUCCUGCGGUAAGCUGCCAAGGGAAUUACCUACUUACAUGCAACAAAAAUGUAGAGAACAUGAUUUGUAGAGAACUCUCAAUCCGUUCUGUCCAUACAUCAUGUCUGAUGUUACUCAGUUCACUGGCCACAGAUAGCUGGCUUCCAUCCAACUUCAGACGAGCAAAGAAUCCCAAAACAUGCUUGAGACAGUUGUAGACAUUCUGUUUUGGAAGCAGUGUGUGUGUGUGUGUGUGUGAAGGCCACAGAAGGAUCAUCAUCAUGUUGUUCAAACAAACUCUUGAAAUGUUUCUCAGGUGAAGGACAUUUUUUUUCUGUUGACUCUAGUCGCCAUCAUAUUUUGUGUCUUGUAUUAAAUACGGACAGGGCUUGAAAGUGUUAUUUAAAAGUGUUUAGAGGGAUCCAAGCUUCUGAAUGUGCCUUACUUCAUCUGAAGACAAAAUAUGCACUCCUUGUCUUUCUAUUACUGAUUCCCAUGAAUAGAAUGGGGGAAAAAAAAGUUAUUGUGCUGUUGUUAGCUGAUAAUAAGAGGACAUUUUUGCUAAUAAAGUCAAGGCUUUUUGUGGUGUC